AUGGAUUAACCUUAUGCAUCUUAAUUCAAUUUUGUCUGCUUUUGUUCAUAAACUGUUCUCUUAAAUCAACAGAGUAUGGCAGACCACAUCAAAAAGUGUUUAAUAUAUAGACAAUCAUCUCCUUUUUUCCAAAAGUUUGAACUACUCAAGAUUGAGAAAAUGCAAAGAUAACAUUUAAUUGCUUUAAAAAGUGAAUUUUAUGUUUUCAUCGAAAGAGUAGAUGCUCUACUAAAGGCAGGGGAGGAUAGAUUAAAUUCUUCAGUUCAAUAAGUGCCAUCUUUAUAUGGAAGUGGAUCUAUGUUAUAACAAUAAUUAGGGAACAACAAUCAAAUUUAUUAAUAAUCUGCUUAUGCACCAAAAAAUAUUGAAACUGAUAUUUUCAAAUCUAUGAAAUAACUGUAAAAAUUAGAAGAGUGUAAUGUUUGUGGAAAAUAAGUUGAUGCAGAUAUAAUUACAUAUUUUGAUCAUUGCAUUACUCCAAUCUGUAGACCUUGUUUAAUGAAAUAGAUUGAAAAAGAUGCUAAAACUAAUAUAGCAUUUUUUUGUCCAAAUCAAUAAUGUAGAAAAGAAAUGACAUAAUAAGAAUUAAUAGUAAUAAUUAUUAUUAUUUAAGUAAUUGCUUGGGAAAGAAAAACAAGAUUAAUAUGCAACUAUAAUGUUAGCAAGACAAUUUAACUUAAUAAAAUGUUCAGCAUGUUCUGAAUAAGGUGCUUUUGAGAAGGGAAGUUCUAUUACUGUACUUAAAGAUCCUAUCACAAAUUAGUAAUUACAAUAGUAUUUAAAUUAUUUACAAUAUUAGAAAAUAUGUGGAACAUUAUCUUAAUAAUAGAUUUAUGUGUUUUAAUUAAAAAUGCAGAACUGAAUAAUGUAAAGAAUGUAAAGCAAUUCCAUAUCAUUUGGGUAUGACUUGUGAAGAAUAUAAAAUAAAAAAAUCAUCUAAGUAAUAUCUAUUUGUAAUAUUUAUUUAGAUGUUGUAGAUAUUGUGAUUAACUUAUUCAUAAGAUUCAAUUAAAUAUGCCAGAAGCAUAAUAAGAUAUUUGUUAAGAAAAUGAAUGUCAAGAGAAAGCAUAAUAUGCUUGUAAUAAAAUUUUAGCAUGUAAACAUCCAUGUCCAGGAUUCAAAAAUGAAUAGAUAUGUUCAACAUGUUUAAAUGAUUAAUGUUGUAAAGGUGAUUAAAAAGGAGAUGAUUAUUGUAAUAUUUGUUUUGUUGAAGGUUUAAAAAAUGCCCCUAUAAUCCAAUCAAAAUGUGGUCAUGUAUUUUAUAUUUCUAAUUAUAGAUCUUUCAUUAUACUUGCAUUCUCAAAAGAUUAGAUGUGAAAUGGAAUGGACCAAGAAUAGUUUUCAAGUUUUGUUUAUGUCCUUUAUGUAAUUCUUGGUUAGAAUUCUAACCAUCAUAACCAUAAAAUCUUGUUAAUUAAUAUUAUAUACUCUUUUAAGAUGUGAUGAAGAAAUCAUUAGAUAGGUUGAAAUAUGAAAAUAGAGAUAAAGAUGAUAAAGUAAGUAAAGUAGGUGAACCAUUUUAUGGUAAACCUUAAGAGUAUGCUAUGGCAAUUUAUUGUUAUUAUUAAUGUUUUAAAUGCAAAAACCCUUAUUUUGGAGGAGCCAAAGAUUGUUAAAGAGCAUUAGAAGAAGGAGAUAAAUAAUAUAAACCUGAAGAAUUAAUUUGUGCUAAUUGUUGUGAAGUACCAGUUGGAGAAACAUGUUAAAUUCAUGGAAAAGAAUAUAUAGAAUUCAAAUGCAAAUUUUGUUGUUAAAUUGCUGUAUGGUUUUGCUGGUAUACAUUUACAUUUAUCAUAUUCUCAAAGGGGUACAACUCACUUUUGUGAAGAUUGCCAUAAAAGAUAAUGUAACGGAGAUUAUGUAUCCAAAAUACCUAAAGAAAAACUACCUAAAUGUCCUGGUAAAGAUAAAUGUCCUAUAAAAAUGGAUCAUAAACCAAAUGGAGAAGAAUAAGCCUUAGGAUGUGGUAUAUAUUUAUUAUUUAUAUCUUAGCUAUUUGUAGGAAUCAAAAAGCCAGUUAACAAAAUUUCUGA